UCUACUUCCGCUUCCGUAUUUUUGUUUUGACUAGUGAUUUUAAGAGAAUUACAGUAAUAAAUGUGUAUUCACUAUUAUAUUUAGCGGUAUUUUGCCUCGCAAUUAUGGACUAUAAAUACUUAUUAAGUAUCGUCUUCGUGAUAGUCAUACCAGGAUAUGGUUUAGCAAAUAUACACAAGAAACUGCGGUACUUUGAAACACUAAAAGCAGAUGAUUUUACAAAACGUGUGAGGAGAUCAACAGAUGUCAUUCCAUCAGCUCAUUUGACAGAAAUCCAUGUAUCAACUCUGGGAAAAAAAUUUCACCUUGUAUUAAAGCAAUCAGACAUUUUAUCUCCGAAAUUUCGUGCAACUGUUGUCGGAGCAAAUGGAAAGAAAACAGAUUUUAAUGUUAAUGAGGAAAACAUAUUUUCUGGAACACUUGCAGAUGACAGGUCUGCUGUUGCCAAUUUGAACUUUGAAGACAGUGGAGCCAUCCUAGCAAAUAUAGUUACUGCUGACGACACUUAUGUGAUCGAGCCUUCUUACAGACAUCUUCCUGAUUCGGAAAACCACACAAUGAUUGCUUACAGACGGUCGGAUGUAAAGUUUGAGGAUGCAGAUCAAGGACUACACAGGCACACCAGCUGUGGUAUAAAGGAGGGUAUAGAUGAUGAACUGCAUGGUAAAGUGGGAGUCCAGGAUGACGAAGUUCACUCUCGUAAGGUGCGCCAUUCACCGUACCUCGCGGAGAGGAAGACGUGUCAGAUUAUCGUUGUUGCAGAUUACACAUUCUUCAGUGCAGUAGGCGGGAGCUUGGAAAAGAACACUGCGUUGUACAUGAUCAACAUGAUUCAGUUUGUGAACACCAUUUAUCGGAAGACGCAAUUCGAUGUUCAAAACGAAAUGAUGACUGGUGUAGGCUUUGAAAUAGGAGAGAUGCGCAUCCACGGUGUUCCCACACCAGCCAAUGAGAAAUUACAGGGUCGCGAUCACUACAACGUUGAAACAGAUUACUGGAACACAAAAGAAUUACUUGAGGCGUUCAGUUUUGACAAAUAUUUCAAAAAGUACUGUCUGGCACACUUGUUCACUUCCCGCCGGUUUGAUGACGGCGUUCUGGGUCUCGCUUACAUUGCAUCCGACAGGAUGACAGCAGUUGGGGGCAUAUGCUCAAAAUUGUACCCGAAGUACCCAGGCGUGAGCAUGACUUUAAAUACCGGAUGGAGUUCGUCCUUAAAUUCAGCAGGUCAUCGAAUUCUUGCCUUACAAGCUCUAUUGAUAACAGCUCAUGAGUUUGGUCACAACCUAGGCAGCGAGCAUGAUCCGGAGACAGACAACUGUGCCCCAUCUGACUACAAGGACGGGAAAUACCUCAUGUACCCUUGGGCUGUCAUGGGCUAUGACAAAAAUAACCAGUUUCUUUCCCCGUGCAGUAGAGAGUAUAUUUUCAAGGUCAUAAAGGUGAAAGGAUAUGACUGCUUCAUAGAGGGUCGAGGUGAUGGCGCAUUCUGCGGUAAUGGCCGAUUAGACGAGAAGGAGGAAUGUGACGCGGGUUACGACACAAUAAAAGACAUUGAUCCUUGUUGUGAUAGUGACUGUCAACUACGCGAUGGAAAAGUCUGCAGCCCAAUGAACUAUGACUGCUGUACAGCUGAAUGUAAACCAGCAAGUUCAUCCAAGAUAUGCCGACCCGAACUGAAUGAGAUGUGCUCUGGCGAAAUCAAGUGCAACGGUGAUAACAUCACCUGUCCAAAUAUCAUCAACAACAAGCCGGAUGGGACACCAUGCAUCGAUCAGGGAACCUGUAAGGAUGGAAUGUGCCUUAACUACUGCGAAAACUUUGCCUACGAUCUCACUCCAUGUAUUUGUGCAGAGCAGGAAAGUGCAUGUCACCGCUGCUGUAAGCCAAAAUACAGGGAAGGAAAAUGUGAAAACAUUAAUCAAGCGCUCUUGCCUGAUGGUCGGCCUUGCUAUCAGGGAAUGUGUGAGCAGGGAGUGUGUAUGAAGCAGAAAAAUGAUAUGGUUCAACGACUGUUUUCUAUUAUUGAAAACAUCACUGUGGACCAAUUUGUUGCAUUUAUGCGCAGUAACAUUGUUGGGACGGUAAUGGUGAUGUCGUUACUGCUGUGGAUACCUACCAGCUGUAUAAUACGUUACCAGGACAAGAAACUGAUUGAGAAGGAAAGAGCCCUUAGAAUUUGGAAAAAUAAAUCGAAUCGAACACUAGUUGACGAUGAUACGUUCAGGAUUCGACGUGUUCAUGCUCCUUCGGUGCGGAACAGCCAUGUGCCUCGAUGGCCGAGGGAAGAUAUGGAGGGUCCCAAUCGAUUGGCCCAGCCUCCUGGUGGAAUAGGGCGGGAGCCAAGACAGGUGAACAUUGAACACUUAAUGUCAAGCCCUCGUAAACCAAUAGAAAUACAGAUGAACUCUGAUGAGGAUUUUGGUUUUGGUGAUCGAAAAACAGAUUUAGACUUUCCGCUAGAUGUUCCUGGACCUCAUGCUGAGUUCCGGUUCCCAGCUAAACCGGACCCAGAAUUGCUAAAACAUAGAUCUGACUUUGAUACUGAUAGUGACGCAGGAUUUAGACAGACUUCUUCCGACUGGGAUAAGGAAACAAUCGUAUAAAAUAUUUGUAACUUGUGUUAGUUUAGAUAGAUUGUCGUAAAUUUUACAUGAUCUGUAUUUGUUACACAGGGGAUUGUUUCUGUUUCGUUUACUCAAAAGUAGCAUGAUUUGGAUUUGUUAAAUUAGGGUGAUGUUAAAGCUACACUCUCACAGAUAACAUUUUUGACGUCUUUUUUUGUAUUAGAAACAGCUGAUUUUGGCCUUAAUGCUUUCAAUUAGGUCUUGUAAUAUAACUCCUUAUAGAACAGAUCUCCAUUGUUUGAAAAACUGGCGAAAAAAAGUUUUUUUCUUUGAGCGUUAAUUAUGCUUUUAGCCAUAAAAUAUAAAAAAAUUACCAUAAAUAUGAUAAACUGCGAUAUAAGUUUUAGUCAUCCUUCUUAUAUCACUGGUUUCCAUUCAUUUACGCAAAAAGUGGCUCAUUACAAGACAAAAAACGUUUUUCAAAACGGUCAGUCUGUGAGAGUGCAGCUUUAAUCUACACAGUGCAAAUGGAAUAAGAAUGUAGUAAUGAUUAUGUCUUCCUAUCGAGGCAUGUUUGGUGGGAUUUUUUUAUGUGUAUUGUUAAUGUCCGACAUAAUUAAUCAUACACUCAUGUACACAGUAACAGUUAUAUCCUUAUAGAACAAAAGUAUUAUGCAUACAUGUACAAUAAGCAAUCAUCUAAGUUUGAAUGGAGAGCCCAAGUUCCUAAAAGUUGGCAUGAUUUGUUUUUAAAAGUGCCCGGCCAUAAAAAAUACAGAAUUUGAGCAAGCCCAGAAAGGAAUUUACCGAUGCAGGACUUGGGCUAGUUUCAACUACUGCAAUAAUCCUUUUAUAACAUGGACGUUGCUGAGAAAAACAAAAUUCUUUUCAUUCAUGCAAUUAACUAAUUGUAUUCUAUACUAAUGAUUUAUUCUGACAUGAUUGUAUUUGUAUAAGAUUCAGUUUGAAAUAACAAAAUCAUACGAGCAUCAGCAUUCAAUUGUGGUCCUCUUGAUAUUUUUCUUUUCCUAUUAUACAAAUAGGACGCACACCAGCACCAAUUUAAGGUGGCAUUACUAGCGUAGAUACAAUGAAACAAACUGUUAAACAUAUUAAAACCUUCAGUAUCUCUGGAAGACCUUAGGUGACGGGUAUGUCGUCAAGCAGGCGUGUUAUAACUAUUUACAAUGUUAGCCCCCCUUGGUAAUGGGUGUGUGCGUCAAGCAGGCGUGUUAUAACUAUUUACAAUGUUAGCCCCCCUUGGUAAUGGUAGUGUGUGUCAAGCAGGCAUGUUCUAACUAUUUACAAUGUAAGCGCCCUUAGGUAAUGGGUGUGUGUGUGUCAAGCAGGUGUGUUUUAACUAAUUACAAUGUUAGCGCCCCUUGGUAAUGGGUGUGUGCGUCAAGCAGGUGUGUUUUAACUAAUUACAAUGUUAGCGCCCCUUGGUAAUGGGUGUGUGCGUCAAGCAGGUGUGUUUUAACUAAUUACAAUGUUAGCCCCCCUUGGUAAUGGGUGUGUGCGUCAAGCAGGCGUGUUAUAACUAUUUACAAUGUUAGCCCCCCUUGGUAAUGGUAGUGUGCGUCAAACAGGCAUGUUCUAACUAUUUACAAUGUAAGCGCCCGUAGGUAAUGGGUGUGUGUGUCAAGCAGGCAUGUUUUAACUAAUUACAAUGUUAGCGCCCCUUGGUGUUGGGUGUGUGGGUCAAGCAGGUGUGUUAUUACUAUUUACGUUAGCUCCUCUUGGUGAUGUGCGUCAAGCAGGCGUGUUAUAACUAUUUACAAUGUAAGCGCCCACCUCUUGCAAGGUCCGUGCAUGUAAUAUUACUCUACUGUAUUUCUCUGUAUGUGCCAAAGUCAUUGAAAACCUUCACUCUUCAUGGUGAGCCAUAUUUAAGGUAAAUAAGCCUGUUAAUCUUGUCCCAAGGGGAAUGGGCCUCGGGUCCUUCUUAAGUGGAAUUUCGCCUGCAAAGUUUUUAAUGAACAUAAAAUAAUGCUUGAGGUAAUAGAUAUAUUUUUAAGAUAGAGAAUAGGUUUGAUUAUUGGCCUGAAGAUGACUAGGAAACAUCCCUGUCAUUAUUCCGAAAAUCAAACUUUUGGUUUGCGCUCCAUGGUUUAUUUUGAAUAUCAGGUAUGAGUUCUUGAAAAAAAGUUUUGAUUUUAAUUUUUACUUCUUAAGUUUGUUUUUGUUUUGAUAGGAAAAAAGAUAUUUAAGAUUUUUAUUUUCAUGUACAUAUAUCUACCUACAGUUACUGAUAUCAGCAAUCCAAUAUACAUGUAACUUAAAGGGACUAGACACUCAUGAUGCCAUAACAAGAAAAAAAAGAAAAUUUAUAUUGUUGUGUAAAUCACAUUGAUUCUUACUUACUGAUGUAUUACAUUACUAACGACACAUGUAUCUUUCACAGUUUUUGUGUAUUUUUCCAAUUAAGAAUUUACUGGGUUUGUCUACCGCAAAUUUAAAAAUAGCUUGGUAUGUAUAUCUGUACUAAUUACGUGACUUUCACAUGCUAAAUUUACACACUUUGAACUGGGAAACCAUUAUGCGCUGUUUUUCAACAGGUGAACUUAGAUAGCGACAAAAUGAUAAAUCAUGUAAAAUGAUGUUUUAUCGACCUCAUACUAGUUCGUAUUGAUAAUUCUAGGCUUGUUUUGAGGAAAUACUGUAUUUCCCGACCAUCUGGUGUCUAGUCCCUUUAAGGCUUCUUUUUGUCAUUGUUGUAAUUCUAUUGUUGGAAUAUUAAUACAAAUAUUAGUCAUAUUUCUGUAUUUAACAAAAACAACAUCAGAACAUUUCAUGCUUUAGUUCAGGGUCAGUUUUUUGGGUAAUGACAAAAGCACAGAUUUGUAUUUUGUUUGAUUUCCAACAUUGUAAAUUCUGAACAAAUAUUUGUAUACAUAUAUGAAGAUUUGCAUAUAAUUAAGUAUAUUUUCUGUAUCUUUUUUAACUUUUCCUCCCCAUUUUUAACAAAUUUUAUCCAUUUAUGCAAACUUUUUUUCAUAUGUUUAUAAAAAGUUGUGGUCUUUUUGAAUUGUAGAAUCAAAUGUUAUUUGAUACAAUAGCAACCUUUGUUUUUUUGGAAAAAUCAAUAAAGACUCCUUCUAAUACAUCUUUGAUAGCAAUUGCAAUCAUUAAAGCCAUUGCCAAAAAAACUGAGAGACGUAAAGCGACAAGUAAUCCAUUGGAAAUAUCAUGCAGUGACUAUGGAUCGACUUUCAUUUAAGUUACUGCUACUCAUGAAAUUUCAAAUGUUAGUGGUUGUUAGAAGAUAGUUCAUAACUUUCAAUAAACCUAGCUUGUGAUGUGAGAGUGGUCUAGUGUUUAAGGUGUCCGUUUCUUAUCUAUGAGGAUAUGGGCUUGAUCCCCACCAGGGAUACUUUCUCAUGUCAUAUUAAAUAAAGCCAACCGGGGCGGUAUGUAUAAAACAUCUUAACUUAAGUUGAUUUCCUAAAAAGUUCAUUGGCAAACUUAAAGAUAUAUACAAUUGUUUUUUUUUUAUAUAAGGUAUUUAUGUAACAUAAAACUAAUGAAAAUAGAGUAUUUCAACCCUUACCAUGCGGGGUUCGAAUAUAUUUAGACUUAGUAGUGUUUAUGCUUAGUUUACCCAGUUUACCCAGUUUAUGCUAAGUCGGGAUAUUUUCAGACCAUGAUCAUUGACAUAUGAAGUUGUUACAUCAUAUAGCGAGGGAGAUACUUAACUAAGGAAAAUGACAUAAGUAAAGAAAUGACUCAAGAUGUUUUAUGAUUACAGGCCUAGCACGAGAACUCGAGAGUGACUCCAGGUAUCAGCUUUCAACUGUUUUCACAAUCAAGCUAAAAUGAAUUAGUGAAAACUAGUUAAAACUUUAUCAAGAUAACAUUAUGUAAAUCAUAACUCCCACAGUGUUGAUUCACAUUCAGAUGAGCAAAUUUUGUUUAACAUUUUUUACCAUUGUAAACAUGAACAAAUCAACAUCCAUUCUCUAUACACUUUCAUACAAUGCAUCAAUAUUGAUACUUUCACUAUGUGUAUUUAUCAUUUUUUGGGGGGCAUUGGUUUUACUAUUUGUCAUUGUUAAGAGCAGUGUUUGUGCAAUACUUAAAUGUAACUAUUGUAAAUAGUAAAUAUACAGCAUUUCACAUAUCACCAACAUUUCAUAGCAUUUUGUAAUUUGUAAGUUAUAGGCUUUCACUACAUAUUGCAGUAUAAAAAUAAUACUUCAGGAUGUACCAGUACAUGUACAUUUUUUUCAUCCAUUUUCUCUGAUAUUUUUAGCUUGUUUGUUUAUGGGUUUUUUAGUUGAAAUAUUGUUUAUGUUAUUUUCAUAGUUAAGGUGCCUUCAUCUAUGACAGCAUGCUAAAGUUUUGCGUAAUUACCUGGCAAACAAUUUAAUGAUCUGAGACUUGGAACACAUGUUUACAAUGCCAAUUGGCAUAUUGACAAGUAAGUUCCAUUAGUCUGGCAAAUUGUUGUCUUCAGUCGUGCCUUUGACUACAUCAUUACAGACAAUAUUUAAUUCAUACUUAAUAAAAAUAUAUACUGAUUUAAGUAAUUUUCUGCUUCAAGUUAGUGACAAUAACAAACUAUAUGAAUUGUAUGUACAAUCUUAUUGAAAUGAUCUUCAUCAUAUUUUUACAUAAUUAUUUUGUACUAGGGAUUGAUACAUUAAUCGAAAAAUCAGCAAAAUUUGAUUUUGUGUUGAAUUAUGAAUUUUAAGAUCAUUUUAAAAUUUGCCUAAAAUGUCAAAAAUAUAAUAUGAUCUACAGUAUGUUGGCAAUACUUUGAAUCAUUCAUAUUCUAUGGAGAGCUCUUACAAUCUAAAAUGAACUUUCUACAUUGAAUUCAGCAUUUAAAAAAUGCUAACAGUCAAGUGUGACUCUGGAUAUAUCUCAUAUACUUAUUUUAGUAACACAUAUUACCUACAUGUAUAAGUUUAUGUUAAUAUCUAGAUAAUGUUGUAUAAUUGUCAUGUAUAUUACAUACAUCUAGUUAUUUCUGGUACCAAGUGCCUUUUUCUAUUCUGUAGAUGUCUUCAAGUGUUUUCAUCUUACAUUCCAUCUAUUUGUGCUCAAAAAUCUUUUGUUAUGGAGUAUGUUUUUUGUUUAUUUUUUUCAAUUUAAGAAUAUUUCCAUAUAGGCUCACUGGUGUUUUGACAACAAAGGUCAAGGUCAUGUCAUAGCCUUGGUGUCAUUGUUGGCGUUGUUGCAUGGUCCAUUGGUGUCAAGGAUAAACUUCUUUUUGGCUAUAAUUUGAAAACUGUUGUUCACAUGAAAGUGAGUACACAUACACAGUUAUGUACCUUAUGCAAACUCCACACCGCAGUUAAUUCCCUUUACCAUGUAGAAGCCAUUGCUAUCAUGCACAAUUAUGUAAUAAUGAUUAACACUACAUGAUGGUUUUGAAAAAUUAAAAAUUUCUAUUAUUUAAAAUUAUUUCUUAUUUGCAUAGUUUUAAAAACAAAAUUGUAAUGGAAAUUUAAUAAAAUAUUGCAUAAGUUUAUCAAAAAAACUUACAUUGCUCAAAUCCAGCUAUUUUUUGUACAUGGUGACAGAGAUGUUCUCUGCUCAUUAAGGUAGAUCGCUUAAGAGAUUGAACUUAUUGUUGAGUUAUGGCCCCUGCUUGACUGAGAAAACAGACUGCAAUGGCACCCACUCACGGGCCUCUUAUUUAGAUUUGUUUUUUGUUGCUGUAUUUUCUAUGCAGACUUUUUCUCUUCUGGUUUAUGUUGAAUUAAACUUGGUUUUAAUAUGAAGAAAUACAUGUACCCUGGGUUCAUUAUAAACAGGCAAAUACAAUGAAAUCAUGUUCAAAUUAAAUUAAAUUAUUAAAUAUAUGUGCAGAAUAUCAGGCCCCAAUCCUUACUUGCUUCUGGCAGUCAGUUAUUCAUGAACUAUUUAAUUAGUUGUUACAUCUAUAUAUGCACCUAUAAAUGUUUUGCCCCAAGUGGAGAGGGUUGGGGAGUAGAAUCACCCACCCGGGGGAUAUACCAGGUGAGAGGAAGCAUUCACAUCUUCAGGUUUUGACAUUAACCAAUGCUCAAGGUGGUAACCCCAGCAUUGAUUGAUAAAGACAGUUUGUCCAUGUUGUCUUGUAAAAUUGUGUGUCCCUCGUUAAUUGUAGUUUAAGCCUUAAAUUUGUGCCUCUAAAUAGUGUUUUGGUCAAAAGUUUGGCUACCAGACUUUUCCUUGUAGUUUUCCCUGUAUAAUUAGAUUAAAAAGAUAAGCAAUAAAUAGGUUGGGUUUGAAUAAUUUCAUUCAUUAUGAUGGAUGGAUAUGAAACAGUGAAUGACUUAUGUGGAAAGGAACUUCUAGAUUUAAGUAAAAAAUCAUUUUGAAUAGUGUUUCAUGCUUUUUGGCCAAAUGAAGUUUUUAUUAUUUUAUUGAAAAGCUCUUUUUUUGCUUAUUUAUGAUUUCAAUAAAAUUGGUCAUUUGGAAGGAAAAUUUUAAUUAGAAAACAAUAUGACAGCUUAAUUUCUGUGUUAAUUAAAAAAAAUGAGUUGUAAUGUAAAGGGCAUUGGUACUUUAAAGGAUAGUUAUGUUUCUUUUUUGUGUACAACAUAUUUGAUAGGAUGCUUUAUUGUGUAAGACCCAUUUUAGUUUACAGCGGUUCAUAUGUUUCUAUUACGCUGUGUGAAAAACCUGAAGAGACUCACUGUUUCUUUACUUUAGCAAUACUUUAUAAAACCAUGUGGUAUAUAGCAAAUUAUUUAUUGAAAUUUCAUACAAACUUAAUAUCUCAUUUACACCAUUUUUACAGGAAAACAUACCUUUUUAUAAUAGUGUACAUGAUGUAACAAAUGAAUAAAUAAAAAGAAAUAAAUGAAUCAUGAAGACUUA